CUCAAACUAUCUUCGCCUUGAUGAUAUCAAACUUCAAAGCAAAGCGAUACGAGGUUGCAAAGUUAGUUGGAUCUACUCAAUCCAAGUCUGGUGUUUGAAUCUUGAUGACAUUGAAUUUUUGUACUCCUAGCCGUAUUCUUUGGUGACACGAGCCUAUGUUUUUUCACAACUGAGGACGUUGAGCUCACGAGUGGUGUUUUUUUGGAGAAAUCCACCUGACUGAACAGCACAAGGUACAACUGGUGCAAGACAACAGCAAACAGACUAAUAGGUCUAUGUAGAGCAGCUCGGCUGUUUACCUUCAAUAAUGGCACUCAUUGGCUCUUCAAUGCCUCUAUUAUGCCGGGAGGUUGAUGUGCGCGUCAGUGGACGAGCUCUACAUCUGGCCUACAGUAGCUUGCACCAGCAGAAUAGAAAUGAGUGGAGCGAUUCUGCAGGCAAGACCGCACUGAUUGCCUUCUUGGUCGGAUCCAAACCCAUCUGCAUAAACAAUGAACGUGUUGUCAUCAUACUGGACCGCCUCGACCUGGGACGAUCUGUGGCAACUGGAGCAGAUAGCCGUCCUAUCAAGAUACCUACUGUGUUUUCUAAUGGUGAUUGGGCAUUGCCAGUGGAGUUUUCCAUGGGUUCUCAGCCGGUGGCACAUACUCACACAUUCCCGGAGUACACAGCUGCAUUACAGAGUUUAGUGUCUCACGUCACCAGCCACGCACCAGUGGACGUUGGUCAGCUUCUCGUUGGCCGAGGAACGUGCACUUUCGAUCCUGGUCAGCAGCUCGCUGGUGGAGGCGAUGGAAACGGCGGCGACAGCGAUGUCGCCUUUGCUUUGUGCUGUAAUGUGGUUACAUUCUCUAGCAGUUUUGAAGUAUUGCCAACACGUACAUGUGAUCUACACUCCAAUCCUCUCCUGCGUGACUUGACAAGUAAAGACAGUGGCUGGCUAUGGCUUGAACCACAGUUCGGGUAUAUUUUCAGAGCUAGCGAGCCCGGUCGGUAUCAGCUGACUCUCUUUUAUGACCAGCCGGCUCUCGAAAAGGUACAUCUGUGUGGAAUCUGGGUGAGCGGCAUCGACAAGGUCUCACACCCUGCCGUUUGGUCUGCAUGUCAGCGCUUCAUCAACAGCAACUGCAACCUUCACACUGUGAAUGGCGGAGACUACAUGCUGUUGCUGUUUAACAGUCCAACUGAUCCGGUUCAGUGCUACCACUGGCGUGCCAGCAGUCAGAAUGAUCGAACAUCAUCAGCGUUUUCUCUUCUUGGCUGUUGUCACCGGGCAGCAUCCAUUAGUCGUCAGGGCGCUGUUUCGGUCACCCUUCAUGAGAUGACGUAUGGUGCGGCUCACACUGACUUCAAGGCUGCUUGUCAGAGCUUUCAAUGGCAAUCAAGAUCUACUGUUGGUGCUGGUGUGCAGCAGCAGUCCAUAGGGCAAGUGGAAAGACCUAGUGUAGUGGAUCACCAGCCGCGUGAUCAGGUACCGCAACCCCAUGAAAGAAAACCGAAGAUUGCUCAAGCUGCUGUGACCGAGGUUUCCCUAUUCUUCCCACCCGUGCGUACACAGUUAUCAGCCGACCAAGCAGCCGUUCCUGGCGGCGGCAGCUGCCAGCAAGGUUAUGGCUACGAGCAUCUGCCAGCCGGGCCAGGUGUAGAUGAUGCUGCUGCUUCUCAAGUCAACACCUCGAUCUCCACUGGGCUGUCUAUGAAAGAUGUGGCCAUUGCUGGUGUGAGCAGUCUCCCGGAGCAAGCUGCCAAGGCCGUUCGAAACGAGCGCAUCGAAGAGUGGCUGGCAAAGCAGAAAGAUGCGUUUGAUUCCGUGGGCAGUUCUCGCGCCAAGGCCCAUCCUGUGCGAACGCUAUCCAGUGCUUUGUCUGCGCCGUCGCAUGUUUCCAGUGUUGCCACAUCUCAAGCUGACAGGCAUGCUGGGAGCGCUGCUGCCGCUGCUCGACGAGUUGUACCUCCUCUGUCAUCAACAGAAGUCAUGACAAGAGCUCAGCCCAGUAGCGGCAAUGCACAACAGCAAGCUGACACUGGCACAGCGCCUGGCUGGCGUAACUAUCCUGCAUCCUCAGCGAUCACCGACACUGCUGCUCGUCACUAUCAGCCCGUCGCCACGCGCACCAGUAGUCGGCCCGUGGGAUCAGCGGCAGGCUCCGUUUUCACAGGCCAGCAAUAUGCUGCAUCAUCGUCAGCCGUAACGGAAUCGUCCACCCAGCACUCGAGCAUCCGCAACCGCCCGUCUCAGGUAACGUUCAAUCCAGCACAUCUACAGCAUCCGUACCCCAUCCCGCUGCCAUCGCAAGUUGCGGCCGGGUGUUUAGAGUCUGAUGCCUUUCCUUACCGCGCCCUACCAGCCAGUGGUGCUGUUGCUGGAGAUAAGCGUGGGACUUCGAGUGGCGCUGAGUCUUUAGUGCAUGAUGCUGUUCAUACUGCACAGCCUGUUCGAUCGCAUUCAGACGGACUGCCAUUGCGCUCCGCUGCUGCUGCUUCUGUUAACCCACUGCAGUCAUCCUCUGUGCCACAGUGCACGAAUAGUGCUGUGCUUGGUACAGGGUCAGCACACACAGCUGCAGCAGCACACACAGCAGCACAAGCAGAGGCGAUGGUAGCGCCAGCAUGCAGCGCCGGAGCACCGUUCACACCACAACGGCCCAGGACAGCAGUACGCUGUGCCUUCGCCAGCACCAACUUACCCAAUGCUAGUGCUGAGAGUGCAGCUGGCUUGAUGGCCAUGUCCGGCCAGUUUCAACACCCAGGGCUUUUCUCAGUGUCUCCAGUUGCAGGUCGCACUCCACUUUCCAGAGUCCAUUUCACCGGUCAACUGGGCAAUGGGGCUGCUGCUGCUGCAGGAGGUGCCAGUCCUAGCGCUAUUGACGGUGCCUCCCCGGAAUCACAGGGCAGUCUGGGUACAAUCAAGGGUCCACCGGCCAGCAGUGUCAGUCAGCAGUGUGUGCCGGCUUCAAACGAAUAUUUUCGCACUGAAGAAGAUCUGCAGCGCUAUGAGCAGGAGAAGCUCUGUAGAAUGAUGAUCCGAGCUAAGGAGAAUGCUUGCCCGGUGCCUGAGCCUGCUUCUCACGUACACGCCGGCUACAAUGUCGCCGCACCAUCCUUUGCGAGCCAUGCCAGCACUGCUACUCAGCUAUACAGCAGUCAUCCUGGUGGUCCUGGUCAUACUGGUCAUCCUGGUCAUGCUGGGCCAUCAUGCACAGACUUUGGUGGAUCCAAGAAACACCAGCAACUGCCGCCGCAGUGUCAUUGGUCAACAGCGUCUUCACAUAGCACCAGCUAUGGCGUCGGUUCACAACAACAGCAGAUGUGGCACUACCCACAGGAGAAGCAGCAGCAGCAGCAACGACAACAGAGCGCGCCGCCUGCUCCGCGUCACCUGCAGAUUCUUGAGCCCAAUCUCACCAUGUCGCAGACGAUGGACGUCAACUUGAGCUACGAGGUGGAGAUGAUUGCGCGCAAAAGACUUGGUGAUCGCCAGCAUCCACCCUUGCUGCAGUCUGCACAAUGUAGUAAUGAUCAUAGAGGAAGGCAAGUACAGCCCCAGUACCAACAGCCCCAGUACCAACCGCAGCAACAGCAGCGGCAUCAUCCUCAGUAUCAGUACCAGGCACGACAACAGCAGCAGCAGCAGCCUCAGCAUGUCAACCAGCACUAUCAGCAGCACUUGAGCGGCAGCCAGUGGAGUGGGGGUGAUUCUCAUCACGGCACUGGCAGUAGUAUCACUGGCAGGCCAGCUCAGCAGGCUGCUGCCACCGCCACUACCAGCGCUGCUGUGCGCAAGCCACAGGGUAGUAUCCUCAACGUAGCCAACAUGACUCUGGGGACACGCAGCUACAUGUCCAAGUACGGUCUCAUUGAAGAUGGCGACGGUAUCAACGACAUCACCGGUGAAUACUGA